UCUAUUCUUCUUCUAAUUGAUAUUAUACAUGCCCUCGCCUUUUCAAACCACGCCGCCAAAGGAAGAAACCCUCGCCGAUUACAAAAGUGAAAAAAGCCUUUGUCUUUCAGUCUACCACCAUAAGGAAAACCCAAUCAGCCUCCCUUCCUCUUCUCUUUUGUGGAUCCCAACGGAUCUACGAGGAAUCCCAAUCGGCCAUCUCACCGAUCGACAAGCUCAUCGCACCAACCUGUGUCUCUCCUCUUGUAUAAUUGCCACGGCACUAAAGGUAUCAGAGGAUAAGAUUGAGAGAAUGGUGAGGAAGGAUUCAAGAGAACCGGCGGAGAAGUUUGGCUCAUUGCAGCGAAGGAGGGAUCCCAUGAAUACAAGGAUAUUGAGUAACAAGAAAUGGAUAUAAUAUGUAUCUAACCUUGAAGUAAAGCCUUUGGUAGAACAUGUUACCAAUGUUUAGUAUUGUUAGUAGCAAGAUUGGAGUUUAAUAAUAAUAUUUUCUGAUAUGU